CAAGGACGGAAAUUGCGUAAUUGUUUAUAAGUAUCACAAACAUGGCGACUUACAGGCAGGUCGGGAGGUUGUUGGGUAUUUCUGCAAGAAUUUCAAGUCCGCUUGCUGUGCGUGCAUAUCAGUUUGCUGGGCUGCAUUGGACUCCACACAACAUUGGUGUUACCAGGAGAUGGUCACUGCCACCAUUUUCAGUUGUAUCUGCAAGGACCAUGUUUAUUCAGACCCAGGACACUCCCAACCCAAACAGCUUGAAAUUUCUGCCUGGUCGCAUGGUCCUUGAACAAGGAACGAUGGAUUUUACUGCACCCCGUGAAGCCUAUUGCUCCCCCCUCGCAAGGCAGCUAUUUAGAAUCGAUGGUGUCAAGGGUGUCUUUUUGGGUCCUGACUUCAUAACCAUAACCAAGACAGAUGUAGAUCUGGAAUGGAAGUUAAUCAAACCUGAUGUGUUUGCUGCCAUUAUGGACUUCUUCACAUCUGGACUCCCUGUUGUCAAUGAGGAGGACACCCCUCGUGCAGAUACAGCACCAUCAGAUGAUGAUGAUGAGGUGAUUGCUAUGAUCAAAGAGCUUCUGGACACCCGAAUCAGGCCCACAGUGCAGGAGGAUGGUGGAGAUGUCCUGUAUUGUGGCUUUGAGGAUGGCAUUGUAAAGCUGAAGCUGCAGGGCUCCUGCACCAGUUGCCCCAGCUCCAUGGUCACUCUGAAGAGUGGCAUCCAGAAUAUGUUGCAGUUCUAUGUCCCUGAAGUGGAAGGGGUGGAGCAGGUGAAGGAUGAGCAAGAAGAGGUUGCCCAAGGCUGAGUCCAAUGGAAACUACUCAGACCUUAUAGACAUUCCUCUUACCCUCUCCCCUCCUGCAGCCACUCCUGACUCCAGUAUAGCUGAUAAAUCCGCAUCGUAGAGGCGUGUCUAAAGCACAGCAGUGACGAAGGAAGAACUUCGCUGUUAUUUUGAGAGAAUUGUCAUUGGACUUCAUAAGUUCCCAGAGAUUGUCAGCUGUCAACCUUUCUGGCUAUGGGACUCAGUGUGUAAGAGGGGACCCCACCUUGUCUGAAGUAGUGUCCUUGUCCUGCUGUUUGCUUUGGAAGGAUUCCAGGCUGAUGGAGUCCACUAACUUUUGUCUGACAAUGUAUUUAUUGCAGUAUCUCAUAUUAUCACACCAUAUAACUCAGUAAGUAUUGGUUAUUAAAAAAACAACUCCAUCUAUAUACAACAUGUGCACACUGUAUAAUGUAAAUAAAAUAAAGUACAUUGAAUUAAGUGUAACUAUAUUAUAGAAUUCCCUGAAUAUUGGCAACUAAAUCCUUUGUCAAUCUGACUGGAAAAGGUGCACAUGUUGCACGGAUAGAGGAUACUCCUUUUGCCACUAUGGUCUGGAGGAAAGCUUGAGUUUGCAUUGCUUUCUAAGUCUGUUACUAUUAUUGUACAUUUAAAUAAGUAAUUAAAGACACAUAAUUUAUAC